AUGGUGGAGGCCAAGCGCAUGACCAUCUGUGUCGGGGAUAUUCACGGUCAUCUUGAUCGCCUCAAGGUGUUAUGGCGCAACUUGGAAUUCAAGCUGAGAUCGGUAUCAUUUGCGAGCUCAACGGUGAUCUUUCUAGCGUUUAUGGGCGUGUUGCCGACGUCCUCCCCUGGUAUGAAUUACACUAGCACGCGGGGCGAGUACAUAUGGCGUUUCUCAUGGUGGCAGGGCAGGUUUGAUUGCAGGUGUUCCCGACAGCCAUUAGGAGUUUUUGGGCAACUUAGUGAAGACGAAGAGACAGUGGAUCCAGAAACAAACCACACACAACUAAUUGCCGUUCAUGCGGGUCUAGAGUCUAAAUCACUGGACAACCAGAUGCAGAUUUGUCGCAUUUUCCUUCGGGAUUCUGUCUUACCUCUUUGUUAUCUCGCACGUUACUUAGAGUCUGAAUUGGCAGCACAGAAAGUGCUUCUUGUGAGCGGCCACCACGGAAAGUUGCACUUUGAGAGCAACCGCCUUAUCAUCGAUGAGAGUGGAGGUUUCGAUGAUAGGCCCAUCGCUGCCAUGAUUCUUCCUUCUCGAGAAAUCGUUCGUGACACAGAUAAUCUCUGA